AUGGCCUCCAAAUCACCAAUCCUCCCCGUGGAGGGCAAGCGCAACAUCCUCAUCACCUCUGCCCUUCCAUACGUCAACAACAUCCCACAUUUGGGUAACAUCAUCGGCAGUGUUCUUUCUGCUGAUGUGUUUUCUCGCUACUGUAAAGCCAGAGAUUACAACACCAUCUACAUUUGUGGCUCUGACGAAUAUGGUACCGCUACCGAAACAAAGGCUCUCGAGGAAGGUCUUUCGCCCGCCGACCUUUGCGCCAAGUACCACGCCCUUCACAAGGGAGUCUACGACUGGUUCCGAAUCGACUUUGACAUUUUCGGCCGAACACCCACCCAGCAACAAACACAGAUUGUGCAGCAGAUCUUCAAGGAACUCUGGAAGAAUGGCUACAUUGAGGAGCGGGAGACUACCCAGCCCUUCUGUACACAUGCCAACCACGGCAAGUUCCUCGCUGAUCGUUUUGUCGAGGGAGAGUGUAGCAUCUGCCACGAUCUCGGCGCUCGUGGAGAUCAAUGUGAUGCUUGUGGUGGACUCCUUGACCCUUUCGAGCCCGAGCGCGAACCCAGUGCUUCAGAGGACGACCACGUCGAGGCCAAGGCCACUGGUUUCCUGAUCAACCCCCGCUGCAAGGUCGAUGGCACCACCCCCGAGAAGCGAAAGACCAAGCACCUUUUCCUCCGACUCGAUGCCGUCAAGGAUCUUCUAGUUCCUUGGUUCCACAAGAGCAGCAAGGAAGGAGACUGGAGCACCAACUGUAUCUCCAUCACACAGUCAUGGAUCGAUAAGGGUCUCCUCCCCCGUGGUAUCACUCGAGAUCUCAAGUGGGGUGUCCCAAUCCCCCAGGAUCUUGAAGGUUUGAGCAAUGAAGAGUACGCCGAGAAGGUCUUUUACGUCUGGUUCGAUGCCUGCAUUGGCUAUGUUUCCAUUACCAAGAACUUGGUGGAUGGUGAUAACUUGGACGGUACAAACUGGGAGAAGUGGUGGAAGAACCCCGAGAAUGUCAAGCUCUACCAGUUCAUGGGCAAGGACAACGUUCCAUUCCACACUAUCAUCUUCCCUGCUUCUCAACUUGGAACAGGAGAGAACUGGACCAAGGUCCACAAGAUGUCAACAACCGAGUAUCUUAACUACGAGGGCGGAAAGUUCAGCAAGUCUCGCGGUGUUGGUGUGUUCGGUAACACUGCCAAGGAAACUGGCGUUGAUCCUGAUGUCUGGCGAUACUACCUUCUGUCAAGACGACCUGAAACUGCCGAUUCUGAAUUCAAAUGGCAGGAAUUCAUUGACUGCAAUAACAACGAUCUUCUCAAGAACCUUGGUAACUUGAACCAGAGAAUUCUCAAGUUUACCCAGGCCAAGCUGGACGGUGUUGUACCAGACUACACCAAGUACACGGAUGAGCGACUGGAAGAGCACAAGAAGGAAGUCAACGAGGCUCUCAAGACCUUCAUCGCCCAGUUCAAUGCCAUCAAGCUUCGUGCUGGUCUUGCUUCCGUCAUGCAUAUUUCCGCCCUUGGUAACAAGCUCUUGCAAGACAGCAAGCUGAACAACCAGCUUCUUGCCGAUGAGCCUGACCGUUGUGCCGCUGUCAUCGGUCUCGGUAUCAACCACCUGCAACUUCUUGCCAGUAUUGUAUACCCCUACAUGCCCUCGACUUCCGAUGCCAUUCUUGAGCAGAUUGGUAGCCCCGGUCUUGUUUCUAUCCCCGAAACAUGGACUGGCGAUCUCAUCAAGCCCGGUCAAAAGAUUGGCGAGCCCAAGCUUCUCUUUACACAGAUUCCUGCAUCCAAGCUUGACGAGUGGCGCGAGGCCUUCGGUGGCGAGGAGAUUCGAAAGCAGAAGGCCCUUGAGGCUGAAAAGGCCGCGGCCAAAAAGGCUGCCAAGGAUAAGAAGAAGGAAAAGAAGCUCGCUUUGCGCCAAGCUGAGAAGGCGGGCGAAGCUUCAAAAGAGCAGAAGCCUGCUGAAGAGAAGAAGCCCGUUGAGGCUACAGCUGUUGACCUUCUCCCUAACGAUAAGCCCUCUGAGGCAUAA